UUCCGCUGCCCGCGCGGCUCCGGGCUCCCGGGCGGAGGCAGCUGCGGGCGGCCGCGGCCGGGGCAAGCGCUCGGCGCGCCCGGGACCAUGCCGCGCUCCUUCCUGGUGGACUCGCUGGUGCUGCGCGAGGCCGGCGAGAAGAAGGCGCCCGAGGGCAGCCCGCCGCCGCUCUUCCCCUACUCCGUGCCCCCGCCGCACGCGCUGCACGGGCUGUCGCCCGGCGCCUGCCACGCGCGCAAGGCCGGGCUGCUGUGCGUGUGUCCGCUCUGCGUCACCGCCUCGCAGCUGCACGGGCCCCCGGCGCCGCCCGCGCUGCCGCUGCUCAAGGCGUCCUUCCCACCCUUCGGCUCGCAGUACUGCCACGCGCCCCUGGGCCGCCAGCACGCGGCCAUGUCGCCCGGGGUCGCCCACGGCCCGGCCGCCGCCGCCGCCGCCGCACUCUACCAAACUUCCUACCCGCUGCCGGACCCCAGGCAGUUCCACUGCCUCUCCGUGGACAGCAGCUCGAACCAGCUGCCCAGCAGCAAGAGGAUGCGCACGGCGUUCACCAGCACGCAGCUGCUGGAGCUGGAACGGGAGUUCGCCUCCAACAUGUACCUGUCCCGCCUUCGACGCAUCGAGAUCGCCACUUACCUGAACCUGUCGGAGAAGCAGGUGAAGAUCUGGUUUCAGAACCGCCGAGUGAAGCACAAGAAGGAGGGCAAGGGCGGCAGCCACCGCGGCGGUGGCGCGGGGGGCGCCGCGGCGGGGGCCAGCGGGGGCGCUCCGCAGGGCUGCAAGUGCGCAUCGCUCUCCUCGGCCAAGGGCUCGGAGGACGAUGACGAAUUACCUAUGUCUCCGUCCUCCUCGGGGAAGGACGACCGGGAUCUCUCGGUCACUCCGUAAGCGCACAUGUCUUUAGGCCGACCCAACCCAGAACCUCCCGGCAGCUCCAAGACUGGUCCUGGGACGCGGCGCUGGUUCCUAGGUACCCGCUGCCAAUCGAUUGCCUCGCAUGGAUUUGGCAAGGCUUGGCGGAGGCUCCCAGCUCUGAGAAGAGCUGAGAUUUUGGCAGAGACCUGAAGAUGGCAUCCCGGCCUGCAGGGCUCCCAGGUGUCCAAAGAGAACUCGAAGCUAGAUCCCUGCCGCACUGGAGUCACCUGCGGCUCGCCAGCUUGGCCCUGCGCCUUGCUGGCGGCUGACACCUCCCAGCCGUCUUUCCUGGGAGAGCUCAAGCGUCCUCUACUCUCCUUCACCCUCGGUCAAGCUCGGCCUUUGACAUGGAUCCCCGUUUGUUUCCCUUUUUAAAAAUAUCUUUCCCUCCCAA